AUGACAUCACGUGGUACUUCCUGUCACUGCUCUCUCUGCUUGCUCUCUGCCCCUCCUCUCACUCACUUGGAGCCGCGUCACCCAGAAGACCGCUGCCCAUACCUGCUUGUUCUCUGGGGGCCAGGUGAGACCCUGCCUGCCACACCCACGCUUCCAGAGAUGGCCCGGCAGAUGGCAAAGGAGCAGCAGCAGCAGCAGCAGCAGCAGCAGCAGCAGCAGCAGCAGCAGCAGCAGCAGCAGCAGCGGCACGGGGGGAUGCACGCAGCAGGACCGCAGCAGGGAGAAGAGAAGAAGAAGCAGCAGCGUCAGCGGCCAACAACGCGAGAGAGCAGCGAUACAGCAGCCGAGGGGCAUGGAGGGGUGACAGGGAAUGCAGGGAAAGGGCAAAGCGCUGAAGUGGAACGAAGAAGGGAUGGGGAAGCCAGGCCUGGCCGAACAGACCUCCCACAGGUCGUGAUUCAAGAGGUGACUGAGACAGAUGUGCUAGUAGGGGAAGCAGCAGCAGCAGAAGCAGCAGAAGUAGCCAAGGGGGGAGGAUGGGGGGGAUGUUCUGGGAAGGGUACAGUGGAGGAGUGUGUGGAGGGAGGGGGGCGUGGGGAUGUGGUGCUGGUGGAAGAAGUAGAAGAUGAGGAUGCAGGGGGGAUCCUGGGAGGAAGUGGGAGGGAGGGAGGCGAUGACGAGAGUGAUGGUGCAGCAGCGUGGAAGGGCGUGGGCGGUGGGAGGACUCUUGGGCAAAGCUGUAGGAGUGGUGCUGCUAGUGGCGGCGCUGGUGCUGCUGCUUGUGCUGCUGCUUGUGCUGGUGGUGCUAGCGGCGGUGGUGAUAGGUGUGUGGUGACUGAGGGUGGUGAUGUGGAUGGACGCGUGGAUGGAGGCAUGGAAGGCGAUACACCAAUGCUGUUGGAGCAUGAGGAGACAGUGCCAGGGACACUGCUGAUCCCAUGCCGCACUGCAAUGCGAGGAAGCUUCCCCUUGAACGGCACGUACUUCCAGAACAACGAGGUGUUUGCAGACGCCGCCACCAGCAAGCAGCCUCUUGCUGUCCCGCGCUCCCUCCUCUGGCACCUCCCUCGCCGCUUCGUGCUCUGUGGCACCUCCAUCCCCUCCAUCUUUAAAGGCCUCACAACUCUGCAGGUCCAGUCGGUCUUCUGGCGAGGUUAUGUGUGCAUAAGAGCCUUUGACCGCAUCACCCGUGCUCCCGGGCCCCUUGUACCGCACCUGCACAGCAGCCCCUCCUCCAAGCCCAAGCCCAAACCCAGCAGCAGCAAUGGCAAUGGCAAGGGCGUUCAGGGGCAACCAAGCAAUGCUACCGUAUAA